AUGGCUGGACGCGGAAGACGCCUCGCAACCGGCGCCAUCGUCGGUAUCGCCAUUGCCGGUUUCCUCUUCAUCGCCUUCUGGGUCCUCUGCUGCUAUUGCUGUUGCUUCCGAAACAAGCGCAAGCAGCAGCGCGGCCGCCAAGCACACCCCGUCGGCGGUGGCGGUGGGGGCAUGUUCUCCCGGUUCAUGCCCGGACGCCAGCGCCAAGGCCCGGGAAUGAUGGAGUCCGGGUACGGACACGGACACGGACAUCAUCACGGCGUCGCCCAACCGGCCCCGUCGCAUGGAUACAGAUAA